AUGCGAAGAUUCGAAUACGUCAAGGACUUCGAGCAGCCUGACGUCCUGCUUCCCAAUACGUGGAUCGUGGUCCGCAUUGACGGAAGAGGAUUUCACAAGCUAUCAGAUCACUAUGCUUUUGUCAAGCCGAAUGACCGACGUGCACUCGACCUCAUGAAUGCUGCGGCGGUUGAGGUCAUGAAAGAUCUUCCGGAUCUAUGCAUUGCCUAUGGUGUUAGUGACGAGUACAGCUUUGUCUUCCACCCGAGCUGUCAGCUCUUUGAGAGACGAAAUGCAAAAUUGGUCACUACCAUCGUGUCAACUUUUACCGCAUACUACAUUCAUCUAUGGUCGAUAUAUUUCCCAUCGACACCUCUCCAACCACCUAAUCUGCCUUCCUUUGAUGGACGAGCGGUCAUCUAUCCAUCGUCACGAAUCUUGCGGGAUUAUAUGAGCUGGCGACAAGUCGAUUGCCACAUCAACAAUCUCUACAAUACGACUUUCUGGACGAUGGUCCUGCAGGGUGGUAUGAGCAACACAGAUGCAGAGCAAGAAUUGAAGGGAACCGUGUCCGCCGACAAAAAUGAGAUCCUCUUCAAGCGCUUUGGUAUCAACUACAAUAACGAGGAAGAGAUCUAUAAGAAAGGAAGUGUGCUCUACCGCCAAUAUGAGCUCCAAGACCCCAAGGAGGCACCAGCAUCCCAAGAAGAGGACUCGCUUCCAGAGGCGAAACAGUCACGUUCACAGCAAGACAAACUCAAGAAGUUGCGCCGAAAGGCACAAGUUGUAGUUGAUCAUAUUGAUAUCAUCAAGGAUGACUUCUGGGAGAGACGUCCGUGGAUUUUGUCUGGCAAACCUGGGAAAUUGCCGGUGCAGGGCUGA